AUGAUGCAUCGUGCCGGUCUCUCGUUUCCUGUGGGCAUUUUGCUCUUCGUCCGAGCAAGCAAUGGCCAGCGGUUCCCCGGGUUUCCACCGGUUCCCACUGGCGUUGCCUCUGAUUCACGCGCAAUUGGCAACUCGACUUUCACCAUCCUCUGCGAGGACGUGGAUUCCAACGCAGUCGCUCCCUACAUCACGACUCAUGUUCCAACGGACGUCAAGGACUUCGAUGACUGCAUGAACCUUUGCGACUACUUUGGCGAUACUUGCGAAAUCUCCCUCUGGGAUCCCACUUCGCCUAAGCCUUGCACUCUCCUGGCCUCUAUCCCCAGUGGAACGGCUCCGGCAGCCCCCACUGGCCGCUGCUAUGCCACCAAGCUCAGAGGCUCGGCUUCCGGAUCAGUUGCAGUGUCCGCCGGAGUUUCUGCCGACGUCUCGGCUGAGCUUGGGAUCCCGACAGCCGCCCCGUCGGUCUUGUCGUCCCUGCUCGACUCCCUGAACGGCUCGGUGCCGGCCUCUCUAUCGGAUCUGGUCGCUACCAUAUCUGAGCUUAUCGAUCUCGACCUUACGGCACCAAUCACGGCGACGGACGAUUUGGAGUUUCCCGAGGCGACGGUCAUUUCAAACGGGGUCACACUUACCGCUGAUGUUUCCGAGGAAGCGUCUCUCGUUGUGUCUGUCGCGGCAUCGGUCACUCUCUCAGCCACGCAGCCGCUGCGCACCAACGCGCUCUGUGGUGCGCUCUGGCCCGAGAUCCCGCUCAGGGAGUGCCCCCAGGGUGACCCGCUUUGGGGUCGCUGCUGCUCUCCUUAUGGCUUCUGCGGAAACGGCACGGCUUACUGCGGCUUUGGCUGCCAGGCUGGCUUCGGUGCGUGCGCCGAGUCUCCAUCACUGAAGCCGCUGCCCGCCACUCUGCUCCGGCCAUCGCAUCCAUUCCCGUCGGCUGCAUUGUCGUCGCUUCGUCUGUCGUCUGUGCUCUCGUCGCUCGGCUCGGAUGUGACGUCGCUUGCGGAAUCGCUGCUUGAUGAGGAUUUGCCCAUCUCGGGCUCGUUGCUCCUAGUGUCGUCGCCAUCGAUUGGCAAGCCAACUCCCCUCUCUCGCAGCGGCCCUAUCGGCGUCGGUCUACCGUCUGGCCUGCCCACCGAGACGUACUGGUGGCUUCCUCGCCUCUCGACCAACCUUCCUGUGCCGACUCCUAGUGUUCUCUCGGCCAAGCUGAGCAAUGCUUUCACCAGGGCCCCGACCCCGAUGCUGCCGAACCCGCCCGUCAUUGACCUCACCUUCCUCCCCACGGUCGAGACGCUGCCCGCUGCUGUCUCCAACCUUGACGACAUCGUCACGGCUGAUGUGUCAGACGUUGUCUCGGAUGUUGAGGACAUCCUCACCACUGAUGUUCCUUCCCUUGCCGCAUCUGCAUCCGCUGCCGUUUCCGACAUCGAAGACGACCUCACGACUCUCCCCACUGACAUUCCCACUGAUGUUAUCACCAACAUUGAAGACGUCCUCGAGACCAUUCUUCCCACCGCUAAUCUCCCUUCUGUUUUCUCCAUAAUUGAGCACUUCUGGCCCCCCAGUGCCCCCACCGAUCUCCCUUACCUCACCCUCGCGCUUCCCAGCCUCGUGGCAGCCCUCAGCUCCGGCCUCCCUUCCGAUGAGGUUUCGGCCGUCGUCUCCGCCAUCCAGGACGCCCUCCCCACCGAGCUCCCCUCGGCCGACGUGACCGACCUCGCCGCAAGCGUCCUCAGCUCCAUCCCCGUCCCCGCCUUGCCGUCCGCCAGCCUCGACAUCCCGGCCCUGGAGACCGAUAUCCUGCCGCUCGACACCGACCUCGGCUCCCUCCCCACCAGCGUAGUCGCCUCGGCCUCCGCAGCCAUCGCGUCCCUCAGCGCCAUCAUCGACGACCUGCCGUCCGCCGAGCUGCCUUCGGUCUCCGCCGCCAUCGAGUCCCUCGAGGCCCUGAUCCCGGACGUCGACGCUCUCCCGACCAACAUCGCGGCGCCGUCUUUGGUCGCCUCCGUCUCGGUCGCCCUCGAGUCGCUCAGCGCCGCUCUCCCUGACCUGCCCUCUGCUGAGCUCCCCUCGGCUUCAGCCGCGAUUGAGUCCCUCGAGGCCCUCCUCCCUGACGUCGUCGACGACAUCACUGCCCUCCCCAGCAUCGCUCUCCCCUCCAUCUCCGCCGCCAUCGCCUCCAUCAGCGACGCGCUCCCGGACCUGCCGUCCGCGGCCCUCCCCACCGUCUCCGCGGUCCUGGCCUCGCUCAGCGCCGCCCUCCCUGACACCGACGACGUCGUCAGCGACCUCACUGACUUUACACUCCCCGCCCUCCCCACCGACCUCCCCACCGCCGCGGUCGACGACCUCCUCCCCUCCAUCUCCGCCGCCAUCGAGUCUAUCAGCGACGUCCUGCCCGACCUCCCCUCGGCCGCGCUCCCCACCGCCUCCGCCAUCCUCGCCUCCCUCAGCGCCGCCCUCCCUGACGUCGUCGAGGACAUCGACACCGAGCUCCCCGCCCUCCCGUCCGCCGUCCUCCCCUCCAUCUCCGCCGCCAUCGCUUCGAUCAGCGACGCCCUCCCCGACCUCCCCUCCGCCGCUCUCCCGUCCGCCUCCGCCGCCCUCGCGUCCCUCAGCGCGGCGCUGCCUGACGUCGACGCUGGCGUCGGCCUGGGCGCAGGCGUCUCUGCGACCGCCGCGCUCGGCGCUGGCGCUUCGCUCACUGCGGCCGCGGGUCUCCCAGGCGUCACGUCGGCGGCUGAUGUCGCGGUCGUGCUGCCCAUCGUCAAUGCUACGGCUGAGGCGUCUGCCGGUGUGGCUGCGUCGGUUGCCGCUGCGGCGGACGUCUCGGCGUCGGUGGGUGUGGGUGGAGCGAGUGUGGGUGCGAGUGUGCCUGGUGUCAGCGCGUCUGUGGCCGCGAGCGUACCCGCCGUCAGCGCUGCGGGUCUCCCUUCUGUUGGAUCUUCGAAUGGCCCUGCUGUCAGCGCGGCCGUCCUGCCCGCCGUCCUCAGCAGCGGGGCCGCCGGCGCGGCGAGCGGUGCUUCGGUUGCGGCGAGCGCUGUUCCGGCCGUGUCGUCUGCCGUGGGAUCAGUGGCAUCGUCGGCGGGCGGCGUGCCCAGCUCUUUGCUGCGCGCCAGCUCGGCGACGCCGUUGGCGCCGGCGGUGUCGUCGGUCGUCAGCUCCAUCCGGGCGACCGCCGUCGGCGUGGGCAUCGUCCCGCCGCGCGUGGCGGUUUCGUCGGCACGGUCUUUCGUUGCUUGA